AUGUAUCAGGAGUAUUUAAAUCAGUUGCACGUUUCCAUAAAUCCCCUGUCCACGGACGAACUGAAGGAUCUGCUCAACAACGAUGAAAAAUUGGAUGAAAAAAUUGACACCGUUCUGGAAGUACUGAAGGCCCAGAAAGACAGUUUGUUUGCUGAAAAUCGAACCAAGGCCGAAAGUAACAUCGAAAAAGAACCACAGAUCAUAGAAUUAAAAGGGAAAAUAGCCGAACUAAAUGAGGAGGGUAAACGUUGCUGUGAGGCAGUACAGGAAAAGCUUGCACAAAUCAAAGAAAAAUCCGGAGGUGUUAGCCAAGAGACAGCGUUAGCUCUACUGCAGACGGCUGCCGCCGAAAGUGAAGAGGCCUCCGAAGAAAUUGUUAAGAAAUUCACUGGCAACGAAAUAACAGUUGAAGCAUUUCUGGAGGAGUUUUUAGCUGCACGCAAAAACAUGCAUUUGCGCAGGUUAAAGGCUGAGAAAAUGCAAGAAUUGAUGAAACGUCAAGCUCAGGGCGGUCGAAAUAUGGGAUCUGGUCCGGCAUACAGCAAUAUACCGUCAAGUGGUUUCUAUCCAGCUCCACGUUUGCCAUAUGGCAGUGGUGGUGGCGUACCAUAUCCCGUUGGUGGACCAAUGAUGCCAAUGCCACCACCUCGUCCCUAUUGAUUGCCAUAACA